AGCUAUCUUCAAGACAGUGAGUAAGCGGGCCUUCAACGAAACGAACGGUGAAGCGCGAAUGUCGACCACGAUCAUUUGAAGAUUAUUUCUAGAUUGUGCUGAAGAAACAAAAAGCAAAAUUCUGUCAAAAUUGUGCGCGUUCGUGCCCGAUGUCUAGUGCUGAAGUCGCCGAUAAUUCCGUUGACCCCCCGGCUAAAAAGCGGAAGCUAAACAUAGGAGAAGCGAGUUGCAAAUCAUCAGCAAUGGCGAACAAUGGAACGCGUGUAGAAGAUGAAAUCGACGAGAGUUUGUAUUCGAGACAGCUCUACGUCCUCGGUCACGAUGCCAUGCGUCGUAUGGCCCAUUCCGACGUCCUGAUUUCUGGAUUAGGGGGUUUGGGAGUUGAAGUUGCUAAAAAUGUGAUUUUGGGCGGCGUAAAAUCAGUUACCCUUCAUGAUGAUCGAACAUGCACAAUUGCUGACUUAUCAUCACAAUUUUAUUUGUCUGAAGCCACAAUUGGUCAAAAUAGAGCUGUAGCUUCGUGCGAGCAGCUUGCAGAAUUGAAUCAUUAUGUGCCGACAACGGCGUAUACCGGUCCUUUGACAGAGGAGUUUUUGCAGAAAUUUAGGGUUGUUGUGCUUACCGGUGCAUCUAGAGCUGAACAGGAUCGUGUAGCGGCUAUCACCCAUGCCAAUAAUAUAGCCCUGGUGAUUGCUGACUCCAGAGGAUUGUUUUCACAAGUUUUUUGUGAUUUUGGGCCAGAGUUUACUGUGUAUGAUGUCACAGGGGAGAACCCCGUGUCUGCUAUGGUGGCUGACAUUACUCAUGAAUACGAAGCGGUUGUGACUUGCUUAGACGACACUCGCCAUGGUCUCGAAGAUGGAGACUAUGUUACUUUCAGUGAGGUACAAGGAAUGACGGAACUAAAUGGCUGUGAACCACGGAAAAUCAAAGUGCUUGGCCCAUACACCUUCAGUAUCGGAGACACAACCAACUUCUCAAAAUACUUUAGAGGUGGCAUUGUAACCCAAGUGAAGAUGCCAAAGAAACUCAACUUCAAACCACUCAGUGAAUCUUUAAAAGAACCAGAGUUCCUGAUCACCGAUUUCGGCAAGAUGGACUAUCCACAACAAUUGCACCUGGCUUUUGCAGCAUUGCACAAGUUUGAAGCAUCUGAGGGUAGGUUGCCCAAGCCCUGGAGUAAUGAUGAUGCUGCUAAAUUCGUGGAAUACGUUAAGAAUUUACUGAAAUCGGAAGAGAUGUUCAAGGAGGGUGAUGUUGAAUUGAACAAUGAGCUGCUAGAAAUUUUUGCUAAAGUAUCAUCCGGCGAUCUUAACCCAAUGAAUGCAGCCAUCGGAGGUGUAGUUGCCCAAGAAGUCAUGAAGGCAUGUUCUGGAAAGUUCCAUCCCAUUGUCCAAUGGCUGUACCUCGACGCUAUUGAAUGUCUGCCCAAAGACAAGACCCUGUUGACUGAAGAGAACUGCAAGCCAACUGGCUCUAGAUAUGAUGGUCAAGUGGCCGUGUUUGGCAAGGACUUCCAGAAGAGGAUUGGCGAACUUAAAUACUUUAUUGUUGGCGCUGGCGCCAUCGGCUGUGAGUUGCUUAAGAACUUCGCCAUGAUCGGAGUGGGGGCCGGCGGGGGGCAGGUCACCCUCACGGAUAUGGAUCUCAUCGAGAAGUCAAACCUCAACCGACAGUUCCUCUUCAGACCUCAUGAUGUACAGAAACCCAAGUCCAGCACUGCUGCUAAGGCUGUGAAACGUAUGAAUCCAUCGAUGAACGUACUGGCGCAGGAGAACCGCGUGUGCCCCGAGACCGAGUCGGUGUACGACGACGCGUUCUUCGAAGCGCUGGACGGCGUCGCCAACGCCCUGGACAACGUGGACGCGAGGAUCUACAUGGACAGGCGGUGUGUGUACUACAGGAAACCGCUGCUGGAGAGCGGCACGCUCGGCACCAAGGGCAAUACUCAGGUGGUGGUGCCGUUCCUCACCGAGUCGUACAGCUCGUCGCAGGACCCGCCCGAGAAGAGCAUCCCGAUCUGCACGCUGAAGAACUUCCCGAACGCGAUCGAGCACACGCUGCAGUGGGCGCGCGACGAGUUCGAGGGGCUGUUCCGGCAGGCGGCCGAGCACGCGGCGCAGUACCUGCUCGACGCGCACUUCCUCGAGCGCAGCAUGCGCCUGCCCGGCAGCCAGCCGCUCGACGCGCUCGAGAGCGUCAGGAACGCAAUCAACGAGCGGCCGCUAAGCUUCGACGACUGCGUGACGUGGGCGCGCGUGCACUGGGAGGCGCAGUACUCCAACCAGAUCAAACAGUUGCUGUACAACUUCCCCCCGGAUCAGGUGACAACAAGCGGAGCCCCAUUCUGGUCGGGCCCCAAGCGUUGCCCCGCGCCGCUGACUUUCGACCCCAACGACGAACUGCAUCUCGACUAUAUUGUGGCGGCGGCCAAUCUGAGGGCCCAGGUCUAUGGGAUACCGCCCUGUGUGGAUAGAGAGCAUAUCGCGAAAGUUGCGGAUUCCGUUCAGGUACCAGAAUUCAAACCUAGAUCCGGUGUCAAAAUUGCGGUAACCGACGCGCAGCUGCAACAGAAUAACGACGAAAUGGACCAAGACAGAGUCAAGAACAUUGUAUCGGACCUGCCCCCACCCAGCAAGCUCGGGAACCUCAAGAUUACCCCACUGGACUUUGAGAAAGAUGAUGAUACCAACUUCCACAUGGACUUCAUUGUAGCCGCCUCUAAUUUACGUGCCGCCAACUACAGUAUACCUCCAGCUGAUAGACAUCGCUCCAAGCUCAUCGCAGGCAAGAUUAUCCCUGCCAUAGCCACCACAACCUCGGUAGUGGCAGGACUCGUCUGCCUCGAGCUAUACAAGCUGGCGCAAGGCUUCAAUACCCUAGAUGUGUUCAAAAACGGCUUCGUUAACCUCGCAUUACCGUUCUUUGGCUUCUCCGAGCCAAUAGCAGCACCAACCAACACGUAUUACGAUAAGAAAUGGACUCUCUGGGACCGUUUCGAGGUGAAAGGUGAAGUGACCCUGCAGGAGUUCAUAGACUACUUCAAGAACGAGCACAAGCUGGAGAUCACGAUGCUGUCGCAGGGUGUGUGCAUGCUCUACUCGUUCUUCAUGCCGAAGAACAAACGUCAGGAGCGGUUGAACCUGCCCAUGUCCGAAGUGGUGACCAAGGUGUCCAAGAAGAAGCUGGAGCCGCACGUGAAGGCGUUAGUGUUCGAACUGUGUUGCAACGACGAGGACGACAACGACAUUGAAGUGCCCUACGUGAAAUAUACUCUGCCUUAAACUAGUGAUAAAUGAUGAUCAGAUUCGGUGACCGGCCGGGGCAUUUCGUCGCAUUCACACAAUGCCGCGAUGUUUACGAAUUUUUUCACACACAGAGGGUAUUUUUAACGGCGAUUAGGUUAUAGAUUUUUAUUCGAGUGCCUCGGGCGAUGUACAGUGAUAUUCGUGAUUGGACAAAUUUGUUUUCGAGUGCUUGAGACACGCUUUCAUCGUCUAUUAUAACUUUAUAUUUAUCGUAGUUACGUUGCUCACUGUCACUUUGUGCCGUUCAUUUUGUGGUUAUUUUAACAACCGUAUUGGAAUUUCAAAUUAAAUCAGAUGGGUCUGUAUAUGAAGGAUAAAUAAAAUUAAAUUUGAGCAAA